UGCACCUGGUCACUUGAUUCACGCUCGAGCAGCCAUCCAAGGGCUGUAACUUUUGGAUUUUUCCUUCUUCUCUUUUGUGUGUGUGGAGAGACGGUGGAACAAAACAUUCAGGGAUCACAUGUGUGUUUACAUUAUUAUUUUUUCAAUGUUCUUUUAUUUGUUGCCUGGAAGAAAAGCUGUCGCUUAUUAGGCAGACCCUCUCGCCCCCCUCUCCCUUCCUCUCCCUCUCUUUCUCUCUCUCUCUCUCUUCUCUUUCUCUCUCUCUCGAGAGGAAUUUGCAAACCUAUCGGAUUGUUUAAUUCCUGCGCAGCGCUGCCGAGAGGUUUUCGCCUCUCCAGCUCCGACGACGCACAAAACGCGGGGAACGCCGCGGUAACAUCUUGCAAGUCGUUCCGUUUCUUCUGGAUCUUAGAGGACGUCGAGAAAAGUCUGAAAGCCAAAGAUUUAGAUCUCUGUGGGCUACCUGCAUGACUGUUACCAUGACAGCAUCUGGAGCCCAACUCCUCCUGCUGGCCUUAUGUGUUUACAGAGGCUCGGGCCUGCAGCAGUCUGCUCCGCGGAUUCGCCUCUCCUUCAAAGAACUGAUGGACACAAGGGCAGCGCGGCCCUUCAGUUUCUCCUUCAACACCAGCGACUACCGCAUCCUCCUGAUGGAUCAGGAUCAGGGCCGUCUGUACCUGGGCAGCCGGGAGUACCUGGUGGCUCUGGACAUGCAAAAUGUCAACAAGGAGCCACUCAUAAUCCACUGGCCCGCCUCCGCUAAGAGAAAGGGAGAAUGUCAGAUGACAGGAAAGGGAAGACAGGGUGAAUGUGCCAACUUUGUGCGCUUGAUCGAGCCGUUUAACCGCACCCACCUCUACACCUGUGGAACGGGGGCGUACCAGCCCAUCUGCACAUUCAUCAACCGAGGCUGGAGGGCAGAGGACUACCUGUUUCGGCUGGUCCCUGGGUAUGUGGAUUCAGGGAAGGGGAAAUGUUCCUAUGAUCCCAAACAGGAGAACGUCGCAGUUCUGAUCGAUGAUAACCUGUAUGCAGGGGUCCAUAUUGACUUCAUGAGUACAGAUGCUACUCUGUUCAGGACCAUGGGCGGGAGAACGGCAAUCCGGACGGAGCAGUAUGACUCCAGGUGGCUCAACGAGCCUGUGUUUGUUCAGAUCCAGCAGAUCCCUGACAGUGCAGAAAGGAACGACGACAAGCUUUACUUCUUUUUCCGUGAGAAGAGUCUCGACUCGAGCGGCGGCGCGAGCCCCAGCGUUCUCGCCCGGGUGGGAAGAGUGUGUCUGAAUGAUGAAGGAGGCCAGAAGUCCCUGGUGAACCGCUGGACGACGUUCCUGAAGGCGCGCCUUAUCUGUUCAGUGAUAGGAGAAGACGGAGUGGAGACGCGGUUUGAUGAACUACGGGAUGUGUUUAUUCAGCCUAUGCAGGAUGAGCGAAACCCUAUGGUGUACGCUCUCUUCACCACAGCGGGCUCGGUGUUCAAGGGCUCUGCAGUCUGCGUGUACUCCAUGGCUGAUAUCCGCAAUGUCUUCAAUGGACCGUUUGCCCACAAACAUGGCCAUAACUACCAAUGGACAGAGUACACUGGCAAGAUUCCCUACCCACGGCCCGGGUCGUGUCCGGGAGGAACCUUCACUCCCGGUAUCCGUUCUUCCAAGAACUUUUCAGAUGAGACUGUGAAUUUCAUCCGAGCCCAUCCCCUCAUGAUCCACCCAGUUUAUCCGAUCCAUCGCCGCCCCCUGGUGGUGAGAACCGGCGUGGACUACCGCUUCACGGCCCUGGUGGUGGAUCAGGUGGAUGCUGUGGAUGGACGCUACGAGGUGCUCUUCCUGGGGACAGAUCGAGGCACUGUUCAAAAAGUUAUAGUUUUGCCGAAGGACCCAACUAACAUUGAGGAACUGACUCUAGAGGAAGUGGAGGUCUUCCGGUCCAGAGCUCCGGUCAAAACAAUGAAGAUAUCCUCUAAAAGACAACAGCUGUACGUGUCGUCAGACGCGGGGCUGACCCAGGUGUCGCUGCACCGCUGUGGCGUGUACGGCAGGGCGUGCUCUGACUGCUGUCUGGCCCGAGACCCCUACUGUGCCUGGGAUGGAGAGAGCUGCUCUUCUUUCACUCCGUCCACCAAGAGGAGGAGCAGACGACAGGAUGUCAAACAUGGAGACCCACUCAGGCAGUGCAGGGGCUUUAACGCCAAAGUGGAGAAACGUCUAAGAGAAACGGUGCAGUUUGGGGUGGAGGGCAGCAGCACCUUCUUGGAGUGUCAGCCUCGCUCCCCUCAGGCCUCCGUCAAGUGGCUCUUCCAGAGGGAAGGAAAGAGGAAAGUGACUCCUGCGGUUUCAUUCCCUUUUCUGCAGCUCACCCGUGUGGGAGGCGUGGUGAAGACCAACCACGGCAUCCUGCUGAAGUCUCUCAACCAGUCGGAUGCGGGGCUCUACCACUGCCUCGCCACCGAGAACAACUUCAAGCACACGGUGGCCCGCGUGGCGCUGCGCAUCCUGGAUCGAGACAUCGUUUUAGCGCUCACCGCUCAAGAUGACGACGAGCCUAAAACUCUCCAAGCGGGCCCUCGCCAACAGUCGCCCCUCGUCUCCACCCCCUUCCCGCCCGAGAUAAGACUGAUUAACCAGUACUGCCAGUCGUACUGGGAGCAACUCAAUCCCAAACAACAGCAGCAGCAGCAGCAGCAGCGCAAGCGCACCAGCCGCAGGCACACAGAGGGCCAGGACCAAGGCCUCGGCUAGAGGGCGGGGCGGACGCCGUCCAACACCGUGUGGACUUUUAUGGUGGACUUUUGUGUUUGACGUGCAUGUUUGUGUGUCACCUCUAUUCAUUAGGAAGGUGAUGCUGUCAUGCUGUCGCGAAAGUACUAUAUUUGUGGUUUUAUAAGUGUCAGCCUGCAAAAUACCAUAUUGUGUAUAUUUUACAUUGUCUGUGACCACUUCCUAAAGAAUACCGUACAUAUUUACAUUUUCCAUCUUUUCAGGUAUCAGCUUGUUGACAUUUAGAUACACUUAGGGACGUGACGUGAGUAUUAUGGCUAGGCGUAAAGGAAACGAUUGAGAGGAGGAAGAUCUUAUUUAUUUUUCACUUUGAGAAUAAAGUCUAAAUCUCAACAAUCAGGUCAAAUUUCAGUAUUACUGCCAGGCAUAAUAAAGAAUAUACCAGAGGAGUACUUAAAAUCGAAAAUGUUUUAUUGCAUUUUGAGAAUAAAAAUCGAACCUUUAAAAAAUUCUACUUUAAAACAAAUACUUAUGCCUGGCCCUCAUACUUUUCCAAAUAUAAAAGAUUGAACACCUAAGGAUUGUUUUCAACCUUAAAAUUAUUCAGGUCGACUUAAGAAUCACUGUGGAAGAUUAAUGUAUUUUUUUGCAAGAAAAACAGCAUUCAAAUUAGUUUAUAAUCUGUUUUCUAGGUUUGAUUUUCCAACAAUAUAACUUGCGAAAGCAGAUAUUUUGUUCAGCUGAUUCUUACAUUUUGGAUUAUCCUCGAGAGCACCGACAGAGAAGCAUUUUUUUUAAACUAGACUGCUCGUUGAGAUGGAUCACAUAUUCCAUGUUUGUCGUUUUGGACGUGAAGUAAAUGCAGCACGUGGUUAACUUGCUUCAACAUGCAGAACCACAGGUAUGGUACUGUAAAGUAUCUCGAAACAAAUGUAAUAUAUUGAUUGUAAAUAUAAUAUAUAUGGUCAUUGGAUUACUCUUGUAUUGUAUGAAGUUAAUAUCAAGAUAUAAAUGCAUACGUUGCAUGCAUAUGUGUCAUUUGUUGCAAGUUGUACAUUUUACGUGUAAUGAUGUUUGUAAGGUGUAAAGUAUUCUGUUAAGCUAAUUCCAUUCACUCCCUCGCUCUAGUGUGAGUGUUGAGGGUAUGUGUAGCAUACAGUGUUCUUCCAGUUAUGCACUUUGUCGGUGGCGGUAUUCGAGGGAAUUUGGGAUCUUUGCACAGAUGUAUGAAAAAAUGAAAAAGGAACUUUUUUUUUUUAAUGUACAGUAUGUUAUUAUAAAACUGGGAAUAGAAUUGGCUCAGAUUUAGUAUUGAUUGUUGGUGUUCUGUCAUUUGCUGUAUUUACAGACUUUAAAAGUUUCUCUUUUUAGUGGAAGCGUAAGGAACAAGAUUACUUUUCCAGUCCGAGCCACGAUUCACUUUCAAUGCUCGUAACGCAGUGCUGUCGUCAUAAUGAACCUACACUGGAACAUUCAAACAAAUAUAUAAACGUUUCAAAACUC